AUGUAUACGGGGCUCGAGGUUCCCAUGUGCAACGAGUAUAAGAAACUGACUACGGAACGUGUGGCCAUCAGACCGCUAACGCUGUAUUCGGAACUGGUCAACAUUGAUGUACCGAAAUGUGUAACGGUGGCUAAAUUGAUCGUUGGAGGAAAAGUAACGAAACCCGGGGAGUUUCCUCAUAUGGCAGCGAUUGGGUGGCCUAAACCGACCGGAGGGUACUCGUUCGACUGUGGAGGAUCGCUGAUCAGCGACUUGUACGUCUUAACGGCUGCCCACUGCUUUUAUAAAAGGUAGGAUUUGUCGAUCGUGCGUCUCGGUGAUCAAAACCUUGUGCGUACGGACGACGGAGCCGAACCGGAGGACUACGAUAUCCUGCGAUUCAUCCUGUACCCACAGUAUCGUCGUAGCGUAGGCAAAUAUAACGAUCUGGCUCUAAUUCAACUCCGAUCGCGCGUCGUCUUUACUAACUUUAUCCGUCCCGCUUGCCUUUAUGACUCGGACUUCAUUAACGUGCGGACGGCGAUUGCGACUGGAUUCGGGCUAGUAGAAGGUUUCGGUAUGAAGUCGGACGACCUGCGUAAAGUGGCACUGAACAUCUACGACAACGCUCUGUGCGCCGAACAGUACACAGCCAACCGUUUCGUACGGCAAGGGAUUAAAGACACGCAACUGUGUGUUGGUGAUCUGGCUGGUGGUAAGGACACGUGUCAGGGAGACUCCGGCGGACCGCUGCAGAUUACGCACGAAGAAAACCGGUGCAUUUUCUACAUCAUCGGCGUAACAUCGUUUGGAAAGGCCUGCGGCAGUUCCACACCGGCAAUCUAUACUAGAGUGGCUCCAUAUCUCAGCUGGAUUGAGUCAGUAGUGUGGCCGUAA